GCGCCGGCCGGCGGGCUCCAGUCGCGCGCCAUCGACCGGAGCUGGCGGACGUGCGAGGAGAGAAGCUCCUCCCACACACGUACACACACACACACACGACACCGGGACGCUACGUUAUUAAUCAUGCCGGCGACGCUCACCACGAUCAACUGAGCGAGCCGUCCGUUGCACGCCGCGCGCAGCACGCUCCAGUGCUACCACAAGUUACUACCCGGGCGAUAUUGGGAUACUGCUACUAGGUCCAUGUGUGACGUGGAGAUGCCCGCCGACUACGAGCUGCUGGUGGCCCGGGGGCCGGCCAUGUUCGGCCGCAGCCCGCCCCUCGCCGCCGCCGACCUGCUCGCCAGCCUGCACCUGCGCUGCGACACCUCGCCGCCCCCGAGGAGCCGCGCGCGCCGCCCCACGCCGCCCCCCAUCCUGGUGGCGCGGCCCGAGGACCCGCCCGGCUCCGCGCGCCUCAAGAAGAGGGUCGUGUUCGCCGACGACCGGGGCCUGUCGCUCACGCAGGUGCGCGUGAUGACGGAGCCGUCCCACGUGCCGCCCACGUGGUCCUCGCAGUUCCUGGCGCAGGUGACGCGCGGCCUCACCGCCGACGCGCAGCCCGAGCCCUGGCAGCUCACCUUCCCGCAGCCCGCCUCCGACUACGUGGACUUCCGCCGCCGCCUGGACACGGCGGGCGUGUCGCUGGAGAACGUGAUCGUGCGCGAGCACGAGGACUCCGUGGUGGGCACGGUCAAGGUGCGCAACCUGUCCUUCCGCAAGGAGGUGCUGGUGCGCUGCUCGGCCGACGACUGGGCCACGCACGAGGACGCGCACUGCAGCUACGUGGACGGCGGCGCCGGCGCCGGGGGCGGCUCCGGCGUGGGCUACGCGCUCUACGACACCUUCUCGUUCCGCCUCACGCCGCCGCCGCGCGCGCGCCGCCUCCAGUUCUGCGUGUGCUACCGCUGCGACGCGGGCGAGUUCUGGGACAGCAACGGCGGCAAGAACUACGCGCUGGUGAAGCGUGCGGCCCCGCCUCCGCCCCCGGCCGCCGCCGCCGCGGCGGGCGAGGUCCUGCUGAAGAACCUGCCCCGCAGGGAGGCGGGCGAGGUCUCCGACGCGACGUGCGCCGCCGUCGCCUCGUGGUCCGAGUUCGCGAGCUGGCACCACCUGGACACGGAGGGGCCCUACUGGUGACCUGUGCCCCCGGCAGCCGUCGCCGCUCGAGGGCAGGUCUCUGCCGGCCGCCACACGCGAGCCGCCCUGGACGCGUCGUUCCCGAGAAUCCGUAAUUCCAUGAUGGGCAGGAGUUCGUAAACAUCUUCCGUCCUGCUUCAACAACUGUAGCGUCCACGUCAUGUUUGAGAAGCGACCGCCUCUGACCAGAAGAAGAUUUCAGUUACGAAUCGGCUGUUUACUUUUAGCAACUUAUGGAUUUCCUCGAAGAACUUAAAUUUCCGAAAGAAGAAGAAGAAUAAGAAGAAGAAAAGAAAGCACAACUUCAAUCGAAUGCGUACACACGAAGAAAUUCGCUUUUUAAUCAUCGAAAUGGAAGGAUGUUGUGAUGCUGUGUCCGAUGUCGGUGUGAUUGCCGAAGCCGAAAUUAAGUUAUCGAUUGUGUGUUGAGCGCUCGUGGGUUAUUUAUUGAACAAGUGGUCGAGUGUGGAGCGCCUGUGACUUGGAAGUGCUCGUUCGAUGCAGUAGUCACACACCUGCUGUGGGUUGUCCGCUGUCCCAAGACUGUUGAUAUUGUUUCGUGUGAUGACUCUGCUGGUGCGGUUGUGAAACUCCCGCUGGAAAUAACGUCAAGAUCAUUGACGAAAGCAGAGAAAGAAUUUCAACUGAGAACAAAGACUGAUUUAACUGUGCAACUAAUAUUGAAAAUAAAAAAUAAAAACGAAUUUUGCGCCAUUUUGCGGGAGAGUGUACAUAUGUAUCUUACAAAUAUGCAGUUAUACCUAUCAAGCUUAGUAGAUCUAAUAACCUCUACAUUGUUUUAACACUAUAGGAGUUCUACCUUUGGAGGCUAUAUUUUACACUUGUCAGUUCCUAUGGAAAGUUACUACUACUACAAUAUUAGAAUGUGUGUGAUUCUGGCACCUUUUAUUAAAUAACAUUUAUUGGGUUAAGAAGAAAUAUAUAUAUUUUUUUAAUAUUUGUAGUUUAUUACUGUUAUAUUUUGUAGUUGGUUACUGUUUCCGAUUUUAGUAGGCCCACGUUUGCGAAUAUUUUAAAAAAACUAACUUAGUAAUUGUUUUAGUGGUAACUUUACACUUGGCCACACGUGUAUUCCAAACUACAUUUAAGGUGGUCCAGGGCUCGUGUGCUGUUAUUAGUGUUUGUUUUAGGAUGUGCCUUAAUUGUGAGGUUCGUCACGUGUUGGGAAGGAGUAGCACAUGUGCACUAUCACUCCACUGCAGAAUGUGUCUUCGUAGAUGAGCGUGGAACAAAGGCCAAAAUAUUAAUGGGUAGUUCAGAAGAAAAAAAAAGUUUUUUUAUCAUGUUUAAUAUUUAAACUAUAAAUCUUCCUCGAUAUAUAAUUUAUUUUUAUUGUCAAAUUUUUUAAUGUGUUAUUUGUUUUUUAAAUUAUAAUUUGUAUACUUACAAAUUUUUAAGACUGGAUUGUUCUUCUGUUCCACUCUCAUUAAUUCUUUACACUGGUAAUUUUUUUCUGUUAUGCAGAGAGGAAAAGGGAGUGUUUCAAACCAUUUUCUUUCCAUCUGAUGUCUGAAACUUUGUUUGUAAAUGGUUGAAAAUCAGAAUGUCUUUAAUGGUUUGCAUCUGCAGGUGAGUUGUAGACUGAACUCGGUUUUUGGCAGUCUCAGGACGGUCGAAUUAUAGGCCUAACUCCGUCUUUGCCCAUAUCGUAGGGAACGUUGUUUUAGUUAGUAUUGUUCAGCGCGAACAAUUUUGUCUAGGCCAUGUCGCACUGCCCCUGUGUAUGACGUGUGGAGUGCUGUUGCGUAGACAGUUUCUCCUUCUGUUGCAAGCUAAAUGUUUGUCUUCCAUACUAUUGUAAUGCGGUUAGGUUAGUUCAGAAUGUAUUUUUACAAUAAAUGUUGUUCAUCGGUAGCAUUUAGUAUGGCUGCAGUAAGUUUUUAUGCUGUGUAAUAGUUCAAAAGCCGUAACCUUGUAAAUACUUAAUCCCGUUCAAUAGCUUGGUUCAUGUGUAGGCAGCGUGUUUGCGGAAGUAAAGGUAAAGUAGAUUAAUCUCUAUGUAUUGCCAUUUUUUACUUUUUUCCCGUAGUUUGUAGCGCUGGAUCCGAGCUAGUGGUUGGGAGUGAGUUUUAUUUUUCCAACGUGUAUCACACAACUGUUAAGCCAUCAGCGGCCACUCUGCCUAUCUAGUCAAUUCAUAGUAAUUUUUUUAAAAGUGAAACUGUUUUUGGUUCAUUUUUGAAGACUGAUUAGUUUUUUUGUAUAAAAUCGUUGAACACCAUGGAAUUAAUCAAAUUAUAAUAUACGAGUGCUAAAAUUAGUUUGAUUCAGUUCAGUCGAAAGAAUAGUUUUAAAAACGUUUAUGAAUCACUAAUAUUAAAAAAUCUUGUAACCGACAUUGUGCCUAUCAAUUACAAGCCUGCAGUUGUAUGUUGUGACCAAUAUAGCUUGCCUUAGUGAUUUCAGCCCUGGCAUUAUUUUAUUAAUUUGUAUCCUGCUUAACAUUAUAUGUUUUUGUCUUGGUUUCUUUUGCAUCUUUUUUUUUGCGUAGCCCUUUUUCUUGCCUAGCUCUUUUUCGUCCCUUUAAUUUCUUCUAAUCACUGUUUAAUUAGGGUGUUAUUAGUGUAUCUUUUUGCAUUUUUAAAUACUCUCUAUAAUUGAAACUUUUUACAAACAUUGUGUAGUGUGUAACAACAGAGAGCAGAUUUCUGCUAUACUUUCUUGAUGUGGAAAAAGAAGCAUUUUGGUGGGUGCGUUGUAUAUUAGUUUUGUGCAAGUAUGUUUGCCAUUUAUAUAAAGAUUGAUUUUUUUUACAUAUAGUUAGAUACAUUAUAUUUUAUGAAAUGCAUUGUAGAGGGUAGAUUGCAGGAGUUGCUCAAUUAUUAGCGCUGAGGUUGUGCUUAUCGACUUGACAAUAUAAUUAGGUAGCAUUUUGCCUUAAUUAUAUUAUGCUUUUUUUAUGUUCAAACUGUAAUAAAUACUCUGAUACCUUUUCAGGGUUAGUGUACAGUCGGUAAAAUUGCAAUAAAUAUUUUAACAGAAA